UGUGUCUUGUUUCUUCUUGUUUCAGUUUAUGGCCAUUGCUUUCUCCGCCCUGGCUUCUUUUGCUAUUGAUGGAAGCUGGCAUGAUGCUCAUGCAACCUUCUAUGGUGACAUGUCGGGAGGCGAAACCAUGCAAGGAGCUUGUGGUUAUGGAGACCUCUUCAAGCAAGGCUAUGGCCUGGAAACGGCAGCCCUAAGCACAGCUCUCUUCAACAAUGGUCUCACCUGCGGCGCCUGCUUCGAACUCGAGUGCGUCAACGACCCGCAAUGGUGCAUCCCCGGCGCCGGCACCAUCAAAAUUACGGCCACCAACUUCUGUCCGCCCAACCACACUCCUCCGGACGUCAACCACUGGUGCAACCCUCCCCAGCAACACUUCGACCUCUCCAUGGCCAUGUUCACCAAGCUCGCUCCCUACAAGGCCGGCAUCAUCCCGGUUCGCUACCGCCGUGUCGCCUGCGCCAAAUCCGGCGGCGUCAAGUUCGAGCUCAAGGGCAACCCUUACUGGAUAACAACGCUGUUUUUCAAUGUGGCGAACGCCGGCGACGUCACCGACGCGAAGAUCAGGGCAGGUAAUGGCGGCGGCGGGUGGAUUCAGAUGUCGAGGAAUUGGGGUCAGGUUUGGCAGACAGGGACGAACCUGAUGGGACAGAGUUUGUCGUUUAAGGUUACUACGAGUGAUGGGAAGAUGUUGGAGUUUGAUAAUGUUGUGCCAUCGAAUUGGCAAUUUGGUCAGACUUUUGAGGGAAAUCAGAACUUUUAA